AUGUUGGGUAAUUUGUUGAAGAGAAAUGCGGCCAUGUCCGUGUUCAGCCGUGGGCUGGCAACUGGAGUGGCUCCGGAGGCUCAAAAAUUGAAGACUUUUAAGAUCUAUCGUUGGAACCCCGACAAGCCAGCUGAGAAGCCUAAAUUGCAGGACUUCCAAGUAGACCUCAACAAGUGCGGGCCUAUGGUGCUAGAUGCUCUUUUGAAAAUCAAGGACGAACAAGACUCCACGUUGACGUUGAGAAGAUCGUGCAGAGAAGGCAUUUGCGGGUCGUGUGCCAUGAACAUCGGGGGCAGAAACACCCUCGCGUGUCUAUGUAAGAUCGACCCGGAUACUUCGAAGCAGACUAAAAUCUACCCGCUACCUCACAUGUAUGUCAUCAAAGAUCUAGUUCCUGAUUUGACUCAAUUCUACAAGCAAUACAAGUCCGUGCAGCCAUACCUGCAAAGAACCAGCGUCCCUGAGGAUGGCAAGGAGAACUUGCAGAGCAUUGCUGACAGAAAGAAGUUGGAUGGUUUGUACGAGUGUAUUCUCUGCGCAUGCUGCUCCACCUCAUGCCCAUCGUACUGGUGGAACCAGGAACAAUACUUGGGACCUGCCGUGCUAAUGCAGGCAUACCGCUGGCUGAUUGACUCCAGAGACCAGGCGUCCAAGGUUAGAAAGGAAAUGCUGCAGAACUCCAUGUCGUUGUAUAGAUGCCACACCAUCAUGAACUGUACCAGAACUUGUCCUAAGGGGUUGAACCCAGGUCUAGCCAUCGCUGAGAUCAAGAAAUCUCUGGCCACCGAUUAA